AUCGAGACGGAACGGAUGUCCUCCCCGUCCUCUCUUCCAGCCCACUCUAUCCCCAUACGAUAGACAGGGACGCUCACACGGCACGGCCCGAUAACGCACGACCGCCCACGAACCGGCACGAACGUCAGUGACGGUCCGUCUAUCCGACUGUAGACAGCGUUCAUUCCCGUCAAAAAUGCCGAAAUUCUACAAACCAAGAGAUUUUAAAUACGAUGUGGUUGAAUUAAUUCGUGGCGUGGAAUUACGACCGUGUUUAUGGGAUAAAACGUUGGAGAAUUAUAAGGAUAGAAUAGAAAGAAGGCACGCUUGGGAAGAAAUUUUCGCGUCGUUGGACGAUAAAUACGAGAGCAUGACGCCCGAGCUAAAAAGGAUUACCGGCGAGCACAUCUUAAACAAAUGGACUAACAUUCGGGACACCUUCGUCAAAUCUCUCAAAGUCAAAAUGGGGAAGCCAAAGAAACGGUAUCUCCUCUACAAAAAUUUGUCAUUCCUCUUAAAAGUCAUCGACGUUCCAGAGGAAGAAAUCAACACUAACAUUACGCAUGAAUCGAGUGACGAAUCUAGUGAAGAACCUGUGGCUUACCUUAAACAGGAACAAGAAGAAACGCCGACGCCCAGAAAAAGGAAGAAGAUAGAGUAUAACGAAGAUUAUGUAGUGCCUACAAAGGAGUCUGAGAAGAAUUAUGAUACCGGUAUAGAUUUUGUAGAAGUCGAUGAUAACGAAGCUAGAGUUAUGAACGAAGAUGAGGCGUUUUUUGCUUCGCUUCUGCCGACGGUGGUGAAGUAUAGUGAAGAUGAGAGACUUGAGUUUAGAAUUGAGGUUUUGGGGGUUAUGAAGAAGAUAAAGGAUAAGAGAAAUUGGAAUGAUUAAGUUUAGUGAUAACUUGAUAAGUCUGGGACUCUUGGAAGCGUGAAUUGAAAUGUCAAGGGCUUUGAAUGUGGCGGAAUGGUAUUAGGUACCUACCUGUGUUGUAUGGGCAUGCUCUUAUAGCCUGUCCGCUUUUCUAAGAUCAAGUACUGAUCAGAAAUUGUCAAGGGCGCGCUGUUAUUCUGUGUGCGGUGACAGAUCAGUUUAUUAUGAAGAAUGUAGUUCUAAUGAAAUUCCGAAACAUGGCGCGUAUUCUGGUCAGGCUUACGGUAUAUUAUAUAAAUAGCUAUCCAAACCGUGACGGCCUGAUAUUUUAUCAUUUAUCGCGCGACCAUACUUGCCUGGCAGAAC